AUGGCCAAGAAAGCGAAGUCCCGUACCAUCAUGGUACGUCUCAUCUCGAUGGCCAUGACGGGCUACUACCGAACAAUGCAACGACCACGUGCGCAUCAACCGCUGAGCAUGCUCAAAUACGAUCCCAUUGUGCGAAAACAAGUUCUCUUCCUUGAGGCGAAACGUGGAAAGAAAUAG